AUGGAGCUGGGUUCGCAGCUGACGUGAUGUAACAUCAUGGACGCCUGCUAUCUCUUAGCCACUGUGUGUCCGUUAUCAAUGCUGUGGGGGGGGGCAUCAGGGUUUGGUUGCGUAAUGGAUGACAUUGCUGUGGAAGACCCCCUGCUCUGGAAGAAAUGCCAAAAUGUGGAAUAUAUUGGGUAUAUUUCUGUUAAAGUCAAAGCCUCUGUUGAUAGUGAUAAAGACAUCUUGACCAUUCCAUUAUUAAAAACUAUGUAAAAUACUGAAGCCUUUCAUAACCACCCAUAAUUAUGCACUGAGUGUACAAAACGUUAGGAACACCUUCCUAAUAUUGAGUUCCACCUCCUUUUGCCCUAAGAACAGCCUCAAUUCAUUGGGGCAUGCACUCUACAAGGUAUUGAAAGCGUUCCACAGGGAUGCUGGCCCAUGUUGACUCCAAUGCUUCCCAUAGUUGUGUCAUGUUGGCUGGAUGUCCUUUGGGAGGUGGACCAUUCUUGAUACACACGGGGAAACUGUUGAGUGUGAAAAACCCAGCAGCGCUGCAGUUCUUGACACACUCAAACCGGUGCACCUGGCACCUACUAUCAUACCCUGUUCAAAGGCACUCCACAAUCCAUGUCUCAAUUGUCUCAAGGCUUAGAAAUCCUUCUUUAACCUGUCUCCUCCCCUUCUGCUACACUGAUUUGAAGUGGAUUUAACAGAUGACACCAAUAAGGGAUCAUAGCUUUCACCUGGAUUCACCUGGUCAGUCUGUCAUGGAAAGAGCAUGUUUUGUACACUCAGUGUAUACAAUAGUAGUAAUAGUAGUCUUGUUAGUGUUGAUGGUGGUAGCAGUAGAUGUAGAUGUAGCAAUAGAAGUAACAGUAGUAUCCUGUGUCUGCAAUGCUUAGAGGCAGAAAAGAGCAGCUAUAUGAAAUAAUGAUUGACGCUUUAGCAUAUAUGUCAUUCCCCUUUACCGAGGAUGUGUCUACAAGGCUAUAUCAGUGCCAUGUGAACUGCUCUGCUCUGGGCAGAGGGGAAGUAUUAGGAGCAUCAGUCACCGCAAAUCAAUUUAAAUGGGCAAACAAUGGUCUCAAACGGGAGGAAACAGCAAUAGUAUCUGUUGUUUAGCUGAAAGCUAUGAUUUGCUAUGACUUAAUAACAGGGUUGAUAUACUAAAUUGUGAAUAUUCCACACCACCGUGACAUUUACAUUUGAGUCAUUUAGCAGACUUUUCAGGAGUAAUUAGGUUUAAGUGCCUUGCUCAAGGACACGUCGACAGAUUCUUCACCUAGUCAGCUGAGGGAUUCGAACCAGUGACCUUUUGUUUACUGGCCCAACGCCCUUAACCGCUAGGCUACCUGCCACGGUUAUGUUAAUACACCGUCAGUGAUGCAGGAUAAGGGUGCAAUGGACCCACCAAGCAGGAACCACCUAACAGAUUGCACUUGAGAGCAAUAUGAAGCAAACAGAGUGAAUGACUUAUUUGUCUGGCGAUAUAUGGACAAGGAUCAUUGUGUAUAUUACAAUGGCCGCAGGGGAUGAGUAAUACACGUUUUAUUUCCGAGGUAAUUUUUAUUUCGUUCAGAAUGCACCGUUUUCCCAGUUAUUUUUCUAUGACCUCUUACUAGCUCAGUAACUGCUUGCUGAUGAGUUGCCCUGCUUACAUGCAUGAGAAGGAAUUAUAAGGCUUCACUGGACUCCAAUGGAUCUGUGUAGUCGCUUCGCCACAAGCUAUACACAUUUGAUUCUGAAAAUAGAUGUGGGACAAUUUUUUUCCCCCUAUCCUGACCCUGUUGUCAUCCAUUGUAUAAUGCACCCAGUCACGUGUCAAUAGUAAAACAUUUAGUGAUAACGGAUUCAGUGAUAAAGCAUUUAGUGAUAAAGCAUUCAGUCUUUGAUCAGUGGAAUUUUUUUCUUCGACCAAUGCAGUGCAGAGCUGUCAUCCAACAGUGUGAGGCCUGUCAUACUGCACAAUACACCCAACCUAUAGUAUCAAACUAGUUUGGUAUCUAGGGAGAAUCAAUGAAAUAGCAUCGCUUCGUGUGAUGAUCAUACAUUGCUUUAUGAGAGAUUUCGAAAAAGAAAAUUGCAUGGGUGAGAAAAUAAGUUUGCUCAUUUGAGGAAAACAAGUAUUUCAUUGAUGCUGCCUCUUCUUUGGUAAAAAACAUGGAUCAAAUCUAUUCUAGGCCAUACCCAAGUGUAUUAUUUAAACAGAUGAAGUUUUCUACCUUACCUUGUAUAUGAGGUAUUGUGGCCAUGUAAACAAGAUUCCAAUGUUCACUAGGCCAUGCAUGUUUUAAAGAAAAUGAAUUCCUCACAUCUCCAGCUCCUUCCAAGAUAACUGUAUUCUCCCUUCAUGCAUAUGAUACAUCAAUAAAGGCAAUUGUAUUCAGUUUAAAGUUCAUUUUCUAUACUGUGAGAAUUGCAUUGACCUUAUGAUCCAGGAUUAAAAGUAUAUGCACAGUUCUGAAAGAAUGGGUAAAUGUACUUUCUGUAAUAGGAGGCCAUGCUUUGUCUGUCUGAAGGGACAGAUAAUCUACUCAAAGUAGUUAAGAUACUUAUAGCAAAAAUAUAUAAACAGAUACUUUAUUGAUUUAACCUAUGUUUUUAUUAUUUUCCAAGUCAAUUACAUUUUGGUAACAUCUCUCGCUCUCUCCCUCCCUACCUCUUUUCCCUCCCUCCCUCCCUCUCUCCCUCCAUCCCUCCCUCCUCUUUCUGUUUUGCAGAUACACCGGACAGAAAAUGCUACCCUGCAUCGUUUUCCUUUGCUCUUUUUUCGCUGCUGCUUGUUUCCAAGACAUCCAGCCCUCCAAGGCAUUUCUGAGCGAAUCCUGUGACUCAUUGUGUACUUGUGAAGAAAAAGAUGGCAUCCUGUAUCUUAACUGUGAGGAGAGAAAUAUCAGCAAGAUCUCCCAAAUCAAAGUGCCGUCAGCUCUACCUUUCCAUCUCAAUCUGUACAAAAACGACUUGGUGGAGUUGUGUGCAGAAGACUUGGAAGGUUUAAAGAAUGCCGUUUCGCUUCAUCUCGGGGCUAAUAGCAUACAAGAGCUUGAACCUGGGGUCUUCAGUGCACUGGGCUCCCUGAAGAAGCUCCACAUCAACAGUAAUUUCCUGGUCAUGUUGAAAGAAGACACUUUUCACGGCUUGGUAAAUUUGGAGUUUCUCCAGGCGGACACAAACUUCAUUCGCGUGGUCGAGCCGGGGGCAUUCAACAAACUCAUCCGCCUCAAAGUUCUGAUCCUCAAUGACAACACCAUCAAGUUUCUUCCCAGCAAUAUUUUCCGGUUUGUUCCGCUCACCCACUUGGACCUGCGGGGGAACCAGUUACAGACCCUGCCUUACGUUGGCUUCCUGGAGCACAUUGGGCGGAUCAUGGAGCUUCUUCUGGAGGACAACGACUGGAUGUGCGAUUGUGAGAUCCUUCACCUAAAGAUCUGGAUGGAGAACAUGCGGGCCCAGUCGGCCAUUGGGGAGGUGGUCUGCAGCAGCCCCCACCAUCUCAGGGGCACCAUCCUGGCCAAAAUCAAGCGGGAUGUUCUCUGCCCCUCUCACGCCGAUAUCAACUUAGAGGAGCCUUCCAAGUCACUGGACAUGGUGGUCACUCCGUCUUCCAAAGUGGCAGAGAUUCCGAAGUUGGAGGACGCCAAGGAUGACGCAAAGAUUCCGACACCUGCUUAUGUUCCAGGGAGUCCUUGUGUGGAGCACUGUUCUUGUCACAAUCACCCUGUGGCUGGGUUUUUAAUGCAUUGUCAGGACAGAGGGAUUCAGCGGAUAUCAGAUAUUGGAAUACUUGAGCAAAGCCCCACCAAGCUGGUGCUCACAGGAAAUAUGAUUCAGAGACUGUUAAAAUAUGACUUUGUCACAUAUGACGGUUUGGAGUUAUUAAAUUUGGCCAACAAUCGAAUCGAUUACGUUGACAAUGAAACUUUUCUCAGCUUAAGCAAUUUGAAAAAACUUUAUCUCAACGGCAACAGAAUUGAAACGCUUUCCGCGACCAUGUUCAUUGGACUCCACAACCUUGAAUACCUAUAUUUGGAAUACAACAUUAUCAAAGAAAUUGUUCCAGGAGCUUUUAAUCCUUUGCCAAAUCUCAAACUCUUGUCUUUGAAUAACAAUCUGCUGACUAGUCUCCCAUUGCAGAUAUUUCGCAACGUGCCCCUCACCAAACUGAACCUGAGGAAAAAUCUGCUCAUUCACCUGCCCGUUAGCAACGUGCUGGACCAGCUUGACUCUUUAGAGCAGAUUUAUUUAGAGGACAACCCCUGGGACUGCAGCUGUGACUUAGUCAGUCUCAAACAGUGGGUUGAGAAGCUGAGGAAGGACACAGUCAUAGGUUCCAUUUUGUGUCACACACCGAGAAAAGUGGCAAAGGCUGAGCUGAGGGCCCUCAGAAAUGAGUUGCUGUGCCCCGGCCUGGUGACCUACUCCUUGCCCACAGACGAGGACGAGAGUGUGACAAGCACAGUGGCGAUUGACGGCGCUAGGAGCGGUUUCUUCAGCUCCAUCAUGGACUCAGUUCCGCUCUCCGUUCUGAUCCUUAGCUUGCUCGUCAUCUUCCUCAUGGUCAUCUUCUGUUCGGCGGGCAUCGUGGUGUACCUCGUGCACAGACGGCGAAGGAGAGUGAAGAAGAAACAGGCGGAAGGAGCAGCCGCGGGAGAGCAGCAGCCCCAUCCACCUGCAAUACAGCAUGUACGGCCAGAAAACCACCCACCACACACUGGCACAGAGGACAGGAAGCCCUGUGUACGACGAGCGCUCACACAGCCCCAUCGUCCAGAUCUGCCGCAACCCCACCUACUGCGCUCAGCAUAA